AUGGCGCAGACGCUGCAGAUGGAGAUCCCCAACUUCGGCAACAGCAUCCUGGAGUGCCUCAACGAGCAGCGGCUGCAGGGGCUCUACUGCGACGUGUCGGUGGUGGUGAAGGGCCACGCGUUCAAGGCGCACCGCGCCGUGCUGGCCGCCAGCAGCUCCUAUUUCCGGGACCUUUUCAACAGCAGCAAGAGCUCCGUGGUGGAGCUGCCGGCCGCCGUGCAGCCCCAGUCCUUCCAGCAGAUCCUCAGCUUCUGCUACACGGGCCGCCUGAGCAUGAACGUGGGCGACCAGUUCCUGCUCAUGUACACGGCCGGCUUCCUGCAGAUCCAGGAGAUCAUGGAGAAGGGCACCGAGUUCUUCCUCAAGGUCAGCUCGCCCAGCUGCGACUCGCAGGGGCUGCACGGCGAGGAGGCGCCGGGCUCGGAGCCGCAGAGCCCCGUGGCGCCGGCGUGGCCCUCGGCGCCGGGCGCCGCGCUGCCGCUCGUGCCGCGCGUCAAGACGGAGCAGGGCGAGCCCGACGGCGUGCAGUGCACCUUCGUGGUGAAGCGCCUGUGGGACGGCGGCGCCAAGGACGGCGCCGGCGCCGCCAACGGCGCCCGCAAGAUGCCCAAGUUCUCGGCGCCCGACGGCGGCCGCCCGCCCGCGGCUGGGCCCAGCGCCGCUGACCAGACGAGCCCCGGCGGCACCUCCAGCGCCUACACGAGCGACAGCCCCGGCUCCUUCCACAACGAGGAGGACGAGGAGGAGGACGGCGCCGAGGAAGGCUCCGACGAGCAGUACCGGCAGAUCUGCAACAUGUACGCCAUGUACAGCAUGAUGAACGUGGGGCCCGCAG